AUGAAAAUAGUGAACCAAGGCAAUGUGAUCAAGUUCAUCAAAGAAAAUAUAAUCCAUAGAUUCGGCAUACCAGAAACUAUUACUGCCGAUCGCGGAACAGUAUUCACUAGUGAAGCGGUUGAAACAUUCACCAAGGAGUAUGGGAUCAAGCUCACUCAUUCAACCCCAUAUUUUGCUCAGGCUAAUGGUCAGGCCGAGGCAAUAAAUAAAGUCCUCAAAGGUAUCUUGAAGAAAAUGGUAGAUGACAAUCUAAGGGAUUGGCACAGCUUGCUAUCCGAGACUUUAUGGGCUUAUCGGACAUCAAAGAGAUCUGGUACCAGAACUACACCUUUCGCACUAACAUAUGGGCACGAUGCUAUUCUACCCAUGGAAGUAACUGUGAGAUCUCUAUGGAUUGCCCAGCAACAUAAUCUUACUCCGGAUGAAUAUAGUCAAGCCAUGAUGCAAGAGAUAGAAGAGUUGGACGAAGUGAGAUUGGCCGCACUAGAUCAUCUCCAAAUACAAAAGAAAGCUAUGGAAAAAGUGUAUAACAAGAGAGUACGAUUUAAGGACUUCGGUGAAGGGGACUUAGUGUGGAAAGCAAUCCUACCAAUUGGUUCUAAAGAUCCGAAAUGUGGCAAAUGGUCUCUGACCUGGGAAGGGCCGUUCACUGUCACCAAAAUUUUAGGGAAAAGAGCGUAUCAACUUCAAGACAUGGAUGGUAUAAAGCAUUCCAACUCGAUUAACAGCUGCUUCUUAGAGAAAUUUUACCCAACUAGUUGGGAGGCUCAUGAAACAAUGAAGGCAAAAAAAACUAGUUAG